UAAACCCUUAAAAAUGGCUUGCUGAUGACAGGAACAACUCUUAUUCAUCUAGAGAUGUGAUGAGUAACGCAUAUCCGAUGUUGAAUUAGUGCCUGUUUGACAUGCUGGCCUGUCUGCCGGUAUCAGCCCCUUCUCUCCAGCUUCUCACCCACACGCAGAUGAACACUGGACUUCAGAAAUGGGACACUCCACAGAAGAUGCGAUCCGCACAGUAUCCGACCCCAGCGGAGUUGGAUGCCUAUGCUAAAAAAGUUGCCAACAACCCAUUGACUAUAAAAAUCUUCCCCAGUAACGUAAAAGUACCUCAGAGAAAACAUCUGCGCCGUACAGUGAACGGUCUUGACACCUCUAGCCAGCGCUACAGCCCCUACCCAUCUCAGGUCAGCACCAGGACGGGCCUUUUGGCCAUCGUCAAAGUUCCCGUUAAAGGUAUCCUGGAGCAUCCUCAAGCUCGCUUCCUCCCUAAGAUCGCCAUGAACCCUCAGAGUCGACCCUACGGCACUCCUAGCACUUUAAACCUGCCUCAGACUCUUCCAUGCAUGCAGGGGAUGCAGUCGCUCUCCCAGCCGCAACUGCUUGCCCAGAAAAACCUCCCCCAUACACAGAGCGUGCAGGCCCAGAAGAACCAUUUUCAUUUUAAGAAUCUGCAGCCUCAAAGUAAUCUGGCUCAUUCUCAGAGCUUGCAGGCCCCGAAUAACCUCCUGUCUUCUCAAAGCUUGCAAGUCCAAAAGAACAUUCCUGCUUCUCAGAGCUUACAAGGCCAACCGGCAAUUCCUCAUCCCCAAAGUAUGCAAGACCAGAAGACUCUGCCUCAUCCUUCAAGUUUACUACAGCAACAAAGCCUGGGCCAUCAUCAAGCAGUUCAUUCUGGCCUGGCUAGCCAGCAGACUAUGCCACAACAUGCUCUCAACCAUCAGCAUGUCCUCAUGCAGCAGCAAGCCGGUCCUCAGAACCUUCAUCACCUGCCUGAAAUGCCCCAGUCAGCCUGCCUGCAGCAGUCCCACAGUUUUUCUCAACCCAUCCCACAAGCUUCUGGCACAUGCCUUCUAACCCCUGGAAAUGUAAUGUCUGGGCCCAAGCUGCACGAUGCGGAUGCCCCACCCAAUAUAACUGUGUCUACCUCAAGCAUCCCCCUGUCUAUGGUGGCCAGCUUGCACCAAAAGCAACCCAGCGAUCUGAACAGCAUUGUGCACCAGAUCAGUCGUUUCUGUCAGGCAAGAGCCAGCAGCAGUGCAACUUCCAUAUGUGAAGGUCAGAUUGCCAACCCAAGCCCUAUCAGUCGGAACCUGCUGAUCGACGCAAGCUCCCGUGUCUGUGCUCACCCGUCCAUCAGCGCUCUCGGCAACCCUGCAGACAAGGCACCUCUAAUGUUGCCCAACAUGACCCACAUGAACAUGAUGCAUGCUUAUCAUGAUAUGAAACAGCAACCUGGUCAGUCCCACAUACCACAGCAACCUUCCUGGAACCAGCAACUGUCUCAUCUUCAGCCUCUCUCAGAUGGCAAUCAGCCAGGGAAGAAUCUACCCCGAGAUGGCUCCGCAGGGCCCGGUUUCUCCAGCAAGAACCUGAGCUACCCUCAGGACAUGUGCAUGGGCCAGCCGUUCAGUCUGAAACCCCCUAUAGACAAACCCACCCCUUCACCACCAGUCAGUGCCAUGUCAGGUGCUGUGAAUUUUAGCAACGGGCACUACAUGCAGCCGCCUUGGAAUGGCAUUUUGCCCACGCCUAGUAGCGACAGCUCUGGGUCUCAAGACCUAGGUGUUCCGUUUCAUGCAGGCAUCUCAGGGCCGUCUGUAGAAUGCAGGACUCGAACUGGCAGUACCGCCCAGAUGAGCAUGAUGCCGCCGAUGGAAUACAUGGGUGGUGAUUUUCAGCCGCCCUGCUUUCGAGAGCAGAACACAGGCAUAGUGAAGAUUGGCAGGGCCCAGGAUUCCCAGGAUAAUAGGAAUGCACAUGUUCACCACCCAGGGUAUAGAUGAGUUAGGGUGUGUUUAUCAUCCUUUAGUGUUAGAUUGAGUAUGAAAACAAUGCUUCUCCUUUUGUUUUUAGUCUUGCAAGUGAUCUACCGGAUACUUUCUACUCGUGCUACGAAUAGUUCACCGAUCUUCACUAUGUGCAAGGCUUACUUAGCACCUCUGUUUUUUGUAGAUUAGAUUAGGAGGUAGCCUGUGGAAAACACUCUAUAGAAAUCAGUAUAAACCUAUAUUUAUUUGUUCAUAAA